AGUGCGAUGUGACUCGAAGCAUCCCACAUGAUCGGACAGUGGAACAAGAGAGUCCAAAUCUAACAUUACUCCUCUCCUUUCAUUCAGAACAUCCUUUUUAAUAGCACAAUGUCAACUCAUUUCAAGAGCGGACCUGCGUUCGGACUGUCUGCGGAGGUCAAGAGUAAGCUGGCCCACAAGUAUGACCUUCAAAAGGAGGAGGAGUUAAGAAUGUGGAUCCAUGAGGUCACAGGCCACAAACUCCCCGAGAACUUCAUGGAGGGACUGAAAGACGGAAUCAUCCUCUGCGAGCUGAUCAACACCCUUCAGCCUGGCUCUGUGAAAAGGAUCAACAACUCUCCUCAAAACUGGCAUCAGCUGGAAAACAUUGGUAAUUUUGUCCGAGCGAUUCAAGAGUACGGAAUGAAGCCACAUGAUAUAUUCGAGGCCAAUGACCUGUUUGAGAACGUCAACCACACUCAGGUCCAGUGCACACUUAUUACGCUGGCUGGGAUGGCUAAAUCUAAAGGUUUCCACAGUAAAUACGACAUCGGAGUGAAAUAUGCUGAGAAACAACAGCGCAAAUUUGCCCCUGAGAAACUAAAGGAAGGACGAAACAUAAUUGGUCUGCAGAUGGGAACCAAUAAGUUUGCCAGUCAAAAGGGAAUGACAUCAUAUGGCACACGCCGACACCUCUAUGAUCCCAAGACAGGGAUGGAAAAUCCUCUGGACCAAUCAACAAUCAGCCUGCAGAUGGGCACCAACAAAGGAGCCAAUCAGUCUGGCAUGACGGCCCCAGGCACCAAGCGGCAGAUCUUCGAUAAGAAGCUGGACAUGGAGAUGUGCGACACCUCUACUGUCUCGCUGCAGAUGGGCACCAACAAGGUGGCGUCCCAGACUGGCAUGACGGUGUACGGGCUGCCCCGCCAAGUGUAUGACAGGAAGUACUGCUCCAGUCCUAAUGACCUCAUCGACAAUGGGCAGGACUCAGAGAUGGAUGGAUAUCAGUAUUCCGACUAAGAGGAAUAGACAGCUGCCACUGCACUGCUUUUUAAAAAAUAUUCACCUGCACUAUUUCUGAUAUUCCAAAUUUAUGGUGACCAAUAGGAUCAGCUUGAACUGUUUUACCAACAUCACUGCCACCAAUCAAAGCGGAAUACUUCCGUGACUGACCGUUCGUAGAAAAAUAGGAGGAAAAUGUGAGGAAUUUCAGGCAAUUUUGCUUUUUGUUUUGAAACACAUGCUCUUUUAGCUUCACUUAUAUAGUUUUACUUCUUUGAGUGUGCCAUUUUCCUAUGACUUCAAAUGUUUGGUCCAAUUUUCUUGUGUAUAAAAAACUUUUCAAAUGAGA